AAGAAAGAAAAAGAUCACCAUUUGGCGCCGAAUUCUCUCAAUGAAAGAAGGUCUGUAAGGAAGUUGUGAAAGGUGCUCCUCUUUUGUGCUUUGGAAAUCAACUUUAUCCUGUUAAAAUAGUGUUUUAUAUUUAUUUUCCAUAACGUAAAACAAAUAGGAGAACAAUGACCGAUCUUCCGUUUCGCGUAGAAUACGCGAAAAGUGGUCGUGCUGGCUGUAAGGCAUGUAAAAAUCCAAUUGCGAAGGAUUCUUUGAGGCUUGCUUCUAUUGUACAGAGUCCGUUCCACGAUGGAAAAAUGGAAAAAUGGUUUCAUUCGGCCUGUUUCUUUUCGAAGAAUCGUCCAAAAACAACUGGAGAUAUUGCUCAUUUUGAUAGCAUUCGCUGGGAGGAUCAAAAUUUCAUUAAGGAACAAAUUGGAGCUAAUGCAGGUGGAGGUGCAGUCGAUUCAGGAAAUUCGAAAGGAAAAUCACGAAAGAGAACAAAUAACGCAACCCCAACGAAUAAUAAUGAUUUCACGGUGGAAUACUCGAAAUCAAGUCGAGCAAAGUGUCGUGCCUGUGAGGAGGUGAUAAUUAAGGGAGAUGUGAGAAUUUCCAAAAAGGAUUACGACAGUGAAGAGGGUAGAGCUUUCGGUGGAAUUGAUCGUUGGCAUCAUGUUCCUUGUUUUGUGAAAAUAAGAAACGAUCUUGAAUACUAUGAUGCUGGUAAUAAUAUUCCUGGUUUUAAGAAUUUGUCAGGUGAGGAUCAGAAAAUGGUGAAGACAACGAUUCCAAAACUUAAGGAGAGCGAAAUUCCUGACGCGAAGAAAAUUAAAGUUAAAGAUGAACCCGAGGAUGCUGCUGAGGAGAAAAAAAUGCAAGAGCAAAAUAAAAAAAUGUUCAAAAUUCGUGAUAAAUUGUCGAAGAAUGGUUAUACAAGACCGUUUUUAACGCAACUAUUGGCUGAGAAUGAGCAAUUUGUUCCCGAGGGCACGUCAAGUCUUCAAGACAUGCUGGCGGAUGUAAUGACAUUUGGUGCCUUGGACACGUGUAAACAGUGCGGUGGUCAGUUUAAAUUUCAAUCCGGAGUUGGAUACAAAUGCACAGGUGACGUUAGCGAAUGGGCUAAGUGCGAGGAAAUUGUAGUCAAUCCAAAGAGAAGGAAAUUCGUCAUUCCAAAAGAACUGAAGGAGACUGAUAAAUUUUUGUCGUCAUACAAGUCAAAAGUAAUGGAAAGAGUCGUCAAAAUAACAGCCCCUUCGGUUUCGAGUGCAGUCAAAAAAGAGGACGUGACUGAUGGUCCAAAAGUCGAUGCCGGACCAAAACCACUUAAAAAUAUGAAUUUCUUGUUCGCCGGACGUCUGAAGAAAGACAAGGAAUCAUUGAAAACGGAUAUUCUCCGCUUAGGAGGGAAAGUGGUGACAAAACUCGAUGACACUGUCACUGCGGUGAUUUCCACCGAGAACGAAGUGGAAAAAAUGAGUGCUCGCAUUGAAGAAGCUAAGGAACUCGAUAUACACGUGAUUUCCGAGGAUUUUGUCGAGGAAGCAAAACCUCUCACCGAUUCCGCCGUUGAACUACUUCAACAGAAGAGUAUUUGCACCUGGGGUGGUGAUCCAACAGUGAGAAUUUCAAAAUCCGCCGAAAAAUCGAAUGCAAGUCGAGGCAAGAGUAUGUGGGACAAGAAAUCGAGUUCGGGAAAAGUGAAAUUGCGCAUCAAGGGUGGCGGUGCCGUGGAUCCGGACAGUAAACUCGAGGAUGUUGCCCACGUUUAUCAACGUGGCAAAGAAAAGUUCAAUGUCAAUUUGGGCAUCACCGAUAUACAGAGCAAACGAAACAGUUACUAUAAAAUGCAAAUUCUCAAACACGAUUCCAGGGAGAAAUAUUGGCUGCACAGAAGUUGGGGAAGAAUUGGAACGACUAUUGGUGGAACGAAGACGACAUCAAUGUCACUUGAGGAAUGUAUUAAAACGUUCGAGGAAGUCUAUGAGGAGAAGAGUGGAAAUUCCUGGCAAAGACGGGAUAAUUUUGUCAAAGUACCAGGAGCGAUGUAUCCAUUGGAUCUUGAAUAUGGCGACGAUGUUGAUGACGAAAAUGUCUUUCAAUCGGAACUCAAGAGUAAUUUGAAGAAACCAGUUCAGGAUCUGAUUAAAUUGAUAUUCGACGUGAAGGCAAUGAAACAAGUGAUGAAGGAAUUUGAAAUCGAUACGGAAAAAAUGCCCCUUGGUAAAUUGUCGAAGAAGCAAAUCGAAAAAGCCUACGGUGUUCUAACUGAUUUGUUGAAUUUAAUCAAGAAUUCGAAUCCAUCGAGAUUGCAGUUGAUCGAAGCGUCGAAUAGAUUCUAUACACUGGUGCCACAUGAUUUUGGUGUUCAGGAGCCGACGAUAAUUAGUACCGAGGAGGAAAUUAAGGCCAAGUCGGAAAUGUUGGAAUCGUUGAUAGAAAUGGAAAUUGCUUAUAAUUUGUUGCAUGUCAAGUCAGAUUCGACUGUACAUCCAAUUGACGCUCAUUACGAGCAACUCAAGUCUGAAAUCGAUGUUAUGAGCAAGGACAGCGAGGAGUUUAAGGUUAUUCAGCAGUACGUUAAAAAUACUCACGCUGCGACUCAUCAACAAUAUGAAUUGGAGAUCGAGGAUAUUUAUAUUGUCAAGAGACAAGGCGAAGAUAGGAGAUAUAAACCGUUCAAGAAGUUGCAUAAUCGAAAAUUGUUGUGGCACGGUUCGAGAACGACCAAUUUUGCUGGUAUUUUGUCACAAGGUUUGCGUAUUGCUCCACCUGAAGCACCUGUCACUGGUUAUAUGUUCGGAAAAGGUAUUUACUUUGCCGAUAUGGUCUCAAAAUCGGCCAACUAUUGUUGCACAAAUUCGGCAAAUCCAACGGGUCUUCUUCUCCUCUGUGAAGUUGCUCUUGGCGACAUGUUCGAACGUUAUCAAGCUGAAUACAUCGAGAAACUUCCAACUGGAAAACAUUCAACGUUCGGUCGCGGUCAAACGCAUCCGGAUCCAACUGUCGUUCACAAGACAAGCGACGGAGUGGAAAUUCCUUACGGUCCCGGAAUCACAGCAAAAUUACCAAAAAAAUCCGCUCUCCUCUACAACGAGUACAUCGUCUACGAUGUCGCUCAAGUCAAAUCUCAAUACUUGGUCAAGACCAACUUCAAAUUCAAGUACUAGAAAUCGCAGGUUUUUUUUCACAAACUAUAUUUUCGUUUAAAAAAAAAAUACGGUUAAGAUUCCUCUACCUCUUAGUCCUGAACAAUUUUCUACCAAACAUAUAUCUGAACAAUUAAAAACCAAAUUUUUGUUCAUAAAAUCAAAAACAAUUAGAAUCUAAUUUUUGUUUAUUAAAUCAAAAAUUCAGUUGUUACGAUUAUUUAAAAUCGUCGUCAAGUAAAAAUGUCUAAAUUCCUUUAUUUAGAAAAAGAAUUGGAGAACGAAAAAAGUUAGAAUAACGAUUCAAAGGGCUAAAAGUUGUAACUUAUUUUGACUGCACCUCCGAUUUUUCUCUGAAUACUUCUAUUGAAAAUUUAAGUGUUUGGUAUUUAUCUCGCAAAACAAAUAAUUUUUUUUUUUUAGUAAAAAGACUGAAACAUUCAAAUAAAUGUUGUUACGUCUUUAAUUUCGUCUCAAAAAUUGUCUCUCUUCAAGUGUUGUUUAAAAAAAUCGUGAAAAAUUCAAAUGUGUACGUUACCCUUAAAAGUAAUAAAAAAACCCUUAAAAGAAAUUUUACGCAAAUUGA